AUGGAGAGAAAGAACAAGGACUUCUGGUCCUUUGGUCGGAAUGACGACGACAGCGAUAAAUCGUCCGGAAACGAGACUCCUUUCUCGACCAGGUCCUCGAGCAGCUCCAGCGAGAGCAGCAGCGAUAGUUCCGACGAAAAGGCGCAGUCCAGCGAAAUGGAGACCCUCUCCAUCCAAGAAGGCAGCUAUGAUAUAAUAUCAAAGAGCCACCUGCAGCAGUUUGUGCAGAAAAUCGACGGUAAUUCCUCGCUGGAUGAUCAGGGCAGCGAUAUGAUGGCCAAAAUUGCCGAUUCAUUCGCUGAUGACGUCUCUAUGCGCAUGGUCAAGUUGGCUCAGUUCCGAAAAAGCCGAGUGAGCCUACUGGAUCUGAAGUUCAUCCUCAAGCGCGAAUACAACAUGGAGUUCCCCAACGAAUAAAUAGAAAUAUAUCAUGUAAAAUCCUUACAUUUAAGGGGGAGAAAUAAAAACUACAUAUUUCCUUUUAAAA